UAAACAACAAUAAUAACAGUGAUUUCAAACAACCUCAUAGUUUGAAAAUUCAAGGUGAGAGAAUUCAUUGAUUACAACAACAUACUUUUAGGAUGAAUGUGAGACAGGCAAGAAGUGCAAUUCAAGAAGCAAUAGUAUCAAGGUUUUACAUUAUAUUGCAUAUCAAGAGUUUUUCAGUGGAAUAUGUCUGCAAUUCCUGACCAUUUCCCUGAAGAGCAGUCUUUGUCAAGAUAAACACCACUUAUGCACUCUUUAUAAUACUUUUUUUUUUCAUCUAAAAAAAAUAAAUAAAAUAAAAUCUUUAGAUAUUGAUCUUUUGAGAACUCUUCAUAUCAUGUAAAGAUGCUUUUGUCCGCAGAAAACUUGGCAAAGAUUGAGAACUACCGGUAUUCUUCAUGAUGCAGUUCCAAAUCCUUCUUAUAGAAUUGGAUAUCCAAUGCAUGUCAAGGUUGCUAGGCGGCGCUUCCAGUCCAACACAAGCCCCUCCGCUUUCGGUUGGAUAUAUUGCGGAUCUCAUAACUUCAGUCCCGCAGCCUGGGGACUUGUCAUCCCCCCUUCACCACAGAAUGGAGGUUCCGGCCUUCAUAACAGCAUUCUUUCUGGUUCAAGAUUGCGGAUAUCCAAUUAUGAGCUCGGCAUCAUUUUAAUUGUCCCCCCGCCCAACUCGACGAGAGGACCUCUCGGAAAUUUGCGCAAUCUCGAUGCUAUAAAACUGCCAUUUUUCAUGCCGGCGCCGAGAUACUGUGGAAGUGAUAGACCGGCUACAGCAAGCGCCAUGCGAGAGGCUAUGGCCGAGCGUCUCAUUUCUGUGAAGUUUUUGUCGACGGAGCAGGACUUCCAAGAGAUGGAUGAGGAGGAUAUUGUUGAUGAGGAAAUAGUUGGACCAUCCGAGUAUAUUGCAGAAGAAAAUGAGGAUGAGAAAAUCUAUGCGGAGAUGCUUUGGAGCCAGGUUGAUUCUUCUAAUGGCUUUUGACUUGGUUGGUACUAGUGUUUCGAGCUAAAGAGGAACUGUUCACGUUAUACCUCCAAGUUAUAGUCUUAUACCCCUUGUAGCGUCCCUGUAACAUUCUUGUACCUUCUAGUAAGUUUUUUUCUUCUAUUUUUAUAUAUUUGUAGGUUACAAGUAGGUUACAGGGAGGUUAUAGUUGGUAUAACUUGAAUAUAACCCUCCAAUACCCCUGAAUAACCUCCCUGAUGUACGUAGCGCUGCUUACAUCUUACGCACACAAGUUUUUCUCGACUAUGAGAGCUAAAUGUGCCAAAAGAAAAUUUUAAGUGCUUAAUGUUUGUCAUGUCAUGCCUCUCAUAUCAGAGGCAACCAAGCUAAAAGAAUAGAUGCUAAAUUUGAAUAGGAGAGCAAAUAAGCUUGGACU